AAUUCAUCUCAACUAAAAUACAUGGCAUAUUAUCAUAGCAUCCUAAAUCAAGCAUGUCUGGUGCAAGCUUUUAUAGUAAUUAUUGUUUUAUUCUUUUCCGUGGAGCAAUAUUCUGCUGCAAACAACGAAUUGCACCAAAUGAAAAAUAGGUACACUCGAUGGUUAGCUCGGCACAACCGCCUCUACAAUACUGAAGAGUGGUUAUCACGUUUUGAGACUUACCAGUCUAAUAUAAAGUUAAUAGAUAAUGUCAACUCCCAGAACCUGUCAUAUAAGUUGGUUGAUAACAAGUUUGCGGAUAUGACUAAUGAGGAGUUUAAAGCUAAGUAUUUGGGUUUGAAAACUUUUCCUAGCGUCAAGAUUGUGAGUGAUGACGCUUUAAGAAAGUUGAAUGCGUCUACAAAAUUACCAAAAAGUGUAGACUGGAGAAAGAAAAGAGCAGUUACUCGAGUCAAGGAUCAAGGCAAUUGUGGAAGUUGUUGGGCUUUCAGUGCGGUGGCUGCGGUGGAAGGCAUAAACAAGAUUAAAACAGGAAAAUUGGUGAGCUUAUCAGCGCAGCAAAUUGUUGAUUGUAAUAAUGGAGGUAAUGAUACUUAUGGAAAACCAGGAUGCGAUGGAGGAUUAAUUAAUCUGGCUUAUGACUAUAUCAAAGAAAAUGGUUUAACUAAUGAAUCAAGAUACCCUUAUAGUGGAAUAGACGACAUUUGCAAAAAGAAGCAAGUAGCAGUUGGAAAAAAUUUAGUGACGAUAACCGGUUAUAAACAAGUACCUGCGAAUAACGAGAAAAUUCUUGAAGCAGUAGUUUCCCAACAACCUGUUUCAACAGCUAUUGAUGCGGGGAACUUAGCCUUUCGGUUUUACUCUGAAGGAAUUUUCACUGGCGACUGUGAGGAUAAUCUGAGUCAUGGUGUAGCAAUAGUUGGAUAUGGUGGAGGAAGUAAAAAAGAGAGCAAGUAUUGGAUUGUGAAAAACUCGUGGGGUAUGAAUUGGGGUGAUAAAGGUUAUAUACGAAUGAGUCGUGGUGUUAAAAGUAAAGAAGGAUUGUGCGGUAUCGCCAAGACAGCAUACUACCCGGUUAAAAAGAAAUAAAAUUCUUAUAUUCGUAGAGUAAGUUGUUACAAAUAGGACCCACAUAUGCCCCAUUACGGAUCUAAAUGUUUAGAAUGGUGUUUACCGUUGAUUUCCCAAUCGGGAUUCUUUGCGUGAUAUGAGAUCGGUGUGUCUAGCAUUUCCCUAUAAAUUGGGUGAAAAUGGUUAUAUCCGGAUGGCUCGUGGUAUUAGAAGUAAACAUGGAUUGUGUGGUACCGCCAAGACACCAUCUUACCCAUUUAAAAAUAAAUAAAAUAAAUGUUAGGAGAAUU